AUGGCUGCUCUUCAGUGUGCCAAGGUGUUGGGACUCACGCCUGUCAAAUCCGUCCCGACGGUCGCCACUGCAGAACGCGCUCUCCCAUCAUUCAAUGGACUCAAGGCCUCUAAAACGCGCAAGUCUGCCGCGAAGCAGAAGCUCAAGGGGACCGGCAGGGCUGCUCCCGCGCCUGCAUCGCGUCCCUCCACCGCCGUUCGCGCCGCUAUUGCCGAGGACAUCAACACGGACUUCGAAGUGGCGGACAUGACCAUGCCGCAGGGCGGCAGCUGGUCCGUGCACAAGUUCGGCGGCACGUGCGUGGGAUCCGCCGAGCGAAUCCUCAACGUCGCACGCAUCGUCGCCAGCGACCCCGCGGAGCGUCGCUUCGUCGUCGUGUCGGCCAUGGGCGGCACUCCCAAGGUCACCAACAUUCUGUACUCGUUGUUGGACAAGGCGGCCGCGAAGGACGUGAGCGGGUGGGCGGAGCUUAUAGCGCAGCUGCGCGAGAAGCACCGCGCGGCGGCGGCAGAGCUGCUGGGGGAGGAGGACGCGGAGGCGAAGAAGAUCAUGGAGCGCAUCGACGAGGACCUGAUCAACCUUAAAGCCAUGCUCAAAGCCAUCUCCAUCGCGGGCAGCUCGACGGAGAUCUUCACGGACUUCAUCGUGGGGCACGGCGAGCUCUGGUCCGCCAUGAUCCUCGCCGCCACGGUGCAGAAGGUGACGGGCAAGAAGGUGGCGUUCAUGGAUGCGCGCGACGUGCUCGUGGUGCAUCCAGCGGAGGGCGGCAAUCAGGUUGAUCCCAACUACGAGCGCUGUGAGGAGAACCUCCAUGCCUGGUAUGCCGCUCGUGGCGACCAUGGGCACUACGAGGGCGGGGGGCCGGAUCUGGUGGUGGCGACGGGGUUCAUUGCGCGCACAGAGGAUGGCGUGCCCACCACGCUCAAGCGUGACGGCAGUGACCUCUCUGCUGCCAUCUUUGGGUCGCUGCUGCGCGCUGGCAGAGUGAUCAUCUGGACGGACGUGGACGGGGUUUACUCGGCUGACCCCAGGAAAGUGCCGGAUGCUGUCAUUCUCAAGAACCUCUCCUAUCAAGAGGCGUGGGAGCUGUCCUACUUCGGAGCCAACGUGCUGCAUCCGCGCACCACGCUCCCAGUGAUGAAGUACGCCAUCCCCAUGUUCAUCCGCAACGCCUUCAACCCCACGGCGCCCGGCACGCGCAUCGGUCGCUCCCAUGACUCCUUUUCGGACGAGGAGCACGAGGCGGCUCACAAUGAGCUGCUGGAGGAGGGGUCGGACCCCCUGGACGCUGUUGUGAAGGGCUUUGCUACUAUUGACAACGUGGCGCUCGUCAACGUUGCUGGCACGGGCAUGGCAGGAGUGCCCGGUAUCGCAAGCCAGAUCUUCAGUGCAGUCAAGAACGUGGGGGCCAACGUCAUUGCCAUCUCACAGGCCUCCUCCGAGCAUUCCGUGUGCUUCGCCGUGCCCGAGGCCGAAGCCGACAUGGUCGCGGCCGCGCUCCGCACCACCUUCCGCCGCGCAAUCGAAACAAAUCGCGUGCAUGACAUCGAGGUCAUCCCGCACUGCACAGUCCUGGCAGCCGUCGGGCAGCGCAUGGCCAGCACGCCGGGGGUCUCGGCUGCUCUCUUCGCCGCGCUGGCCAAGGCGAGGGUGAAUGUGCGGGCGAUCGCACAGGGAUGCUCCGAGUAUAAUAUCACAGUGGUGGUCGAUAGGAGUGAUGCGCCGGCUGCUCUGCGGGCGGCGCACGGGCGGUUCUACCACUCCCAGACGCCCCUGGCGGUGGCGCUGGUUGGCCCGGGGCUGAUUGGCAGCACGCUGCUGGAUCAGAUCAGGGACCAGAGGGCGAGUCUGAAGAAGGAGUUCAAUAUUGAUAUGCGCGUGGUGGGGAUUAUUGGCGCGAAUAAGAUGCUCAUCGAUAACAGGGGCGUGCACCUGAGCAACUGGCGUGAAGAGCUGGCGGAGAGAGGGGAGGCAGCGGACAUGGUGGCGUUUGAGGCGUCGCUGAUGGACGGGCACCAUGGGCUGCCCAACACGGUGGUGGUGGACUGCACUGCCAGCAGUGACGUGGCGGAUAAAUACCCCACGUGGCUGGCCGAGGGGCUGCAUGUGGUCACCCCCAACAAGAAGGCCAACUCGGGGCCCCUAAAAGAGUACUUGAAGAUCCGUCAGCUGCAGCGCGAGCUGUGCACGCACUACCUGUAUGAGGCCACCGUGGGAGCCGGGCUGCCCAUAGUGGCAACUCUCAAGGGGCUGCUGGACACAGGCGACCACAUCCACCGCAUCGAAGGCAUUUUCAGUGGCACGCUGAGCUACAUCUUCAACAGCUUUGAUGGCAGCAAGCCCUUCUCACAGAUCGUGGCAGAGGCACGCGCCAAUGGGUUCACGGAGCCUGAUCCCAGGGACGACCUGGAGGGCAUGGACGUGGCGAGGAAGGUGGUCAUUUUGGCGAGGGAGUGUGGUCUUCGCCUCGAGCUGGACCAAGUACCCGUCCAAAGCCUUGUGCCCGAGGCUCUCCAGCACGUGGCGAGUGUGGACGAGUUCAUGCAGCGGCUGCCUGAAUUUGACGAUGAGAUGGAGGCCAAGAGGAAGGCGGCCGAGGAGACGGGCGAGGUCCUGCGCUACGUGGGAGUGGUGGACAUGGACAAGAGAGAAGGCCGAGUGGAGCUGCGCCAGUAUCCGCGCACGCACGCCUUCACACAGCUAGUGGGCUCAGACAACAUCAUCUCAUUCGUCACCUACCGCUACAACGUGCAGCCCCUCAUUGUGCGCGGCCCUGGUGCCGGGGCUGAGGUCACUGCGGGUGGCGUGUUCAGUGACCUCCUGCGCCUUGCCGCCUUCCUCGGUGCCCCUUCUUAA